AAUUAAACGCUAUAAUAGUACAAUCAUAUUUUUUCCCUUGUGAUUUAUUCACCCUCUAACCCCCACUCUCUUCAUCCCCAUCGUCGGCAGCAACUUGAAUCAGCAAACAAAACAAAAACAAAAAAGUACCCCGAGCCUCAAACGAAUCGUCACCACCAUCAUCAGCAGCUUUAAAGCCGGUCCAGUACUUUGAUUCCGACGAAUGUUGGCGACCCACGACAGUACGUUCUCAGACGCUAGCUAACACGUUUUAAUCGAAUCGUCGUAAAUUCCAGAGGUGCUUUCCAUGCAAAAUAAAAUUCGGAUGGUUUUGUUUGUGUUUAAUGCGUCGUCGUCGCUUGGAUUUCGCGUAGUUCUGAAUCUGAAUAUCUGAGAGUAUUUUUGUAUCUUUUACUGCUUUUUUUUAUCUUUCUACAAUUUCGCUGCUCGUUGUGAAGUUUUUCGUUUCGUUUUUUUUUUUGUUGGUAUUUCGGGGAAAGUGUGAGCGCCUCGUGCGAAAUACACCUCGAGAUUGCCAUUCAUUCAGAUAACAUUCCCGAUCGUAGUCAUUGGGUUGUAAGCUCGUCUCAUCGUCGGUCGUAAGGACUUCGGCAGUUUACUUUCAGUUUCAGAUACGAGUACUUUCGAAUAAGUGUAUAUUUUUCAGAACUAAGAUUAUUUUUUGAUUUUUCGUUACAAUUUAUUCGGUAGAUUAAUUCCGGAAGAUUGUCUACGAAUUCCAAACACAAGCCGUAUUAGCGUGAUUCGUGAGUUAAAUUGUGUGUGCCAAACGAAUUAUUGGUUGAUUUUGUGUAACUUUCAUUUGAUUGCCAAAAAAGUUUAGUGUUUAUUUUUGAUUUUUUCUGUGUGGUUUCUAUACCUAUAUCCGACGUACGAGUAUGCCUACUUGAGUAACUCAAGUUUAGUGAGUACGUGUUGAAUUUUAAUUUGGUUCUCAAGGAGAAUUCGUCCUUGGUGGUUAAGAGGAGGCUGUUCAGGUUAACACAAAACAUUCUACCUACCGACCUUCCGAGGGAAUGACGAAAAGCAGCUAAAGAGAGUAACCAGGUUUCGUAUUUAAAAAAAAAUCAACCCAAUGAAGUUGAGGAAGAGCAAAACUUAAGCUCCUUUUCAACCCACCUGAUUAUUUAUUUAUUUAUUAUUUAAAUAAACAUUAAAAAUGGAUCUCAGAAACACAACUGAGAUGAGUGUGUCAACAGACACCUACAUCCAAGGUUGCAAGUCAACGGAUUUGAUUCGACCAAAGGAUUCAACUGGACAUGGAAAGUCUGAAGAAUUCAAGGUCUACAAGCGAAGAUGGGCAGUCCUAAUCCUCUUUUCAUUCUACUCUGCCUCAAAUGCCAUGCAAUGGAUCCAAUACAGUAUAAUUAACAAUAUUGUCACAAAAUACUAUGGCGUAAGUGAUAAAUGGGUCGAUUGGACGUCCAUGAUAUACAUGAUUCUUUAUAUUCCUUUGAUUUUUCCUGGAAGUUGGUUCCUUGAUAAAAUGGGUCUGCGGAUAACAGCUUUGGUUGGUGUCUGUGGUACUUGCAUAGGAGCAUGGAUAAAAGUUUUCUCCGUGGAUCCGGAAUUGUUCUAUGUUAGUUUUAUCGGACAAGCCGUUGUGGCAUUUGCACAGGUUUGCAUCUUGUCACUUCCGGCCCGGGUGGCUGCUGUCUGGUUUGGCCCAGAUCAAGUAUCUUCAGCAUGUAGUGUCGGUGUCUUUGGCAAUCAGCUUGGAAUCGCUGUUGGGUUUGUCCUGCCACCGAUGCUUGUCUCCAACUCGGACAACCUCGAUGAAAUUGGUGCCGAUCUGAAACUCAUGUUCUACUUGGUCGCUGGACUAACAACGGUUCUCGUUGUUCUAAUGGUCUUGUUUUUCCAAGACAGACCGCCAACGCCACCAUCAGCAGCCCAAGAGGCAACUCAGCCGAACGCAGAUGGGGAAUCAACAUUCAUGCAAUCACUAAAGAAUCUCGUCCUGAAUAAAAAUUAUAUUUUAUUAUUGACGUCGUAUGGCAUGAAUGUCGGUGUGUUCUACGCCAUCUCUACGCUUCUCAAUCCGGUGGUGUUGAAAUAUUAUCCUGGACAUGAGGUUGACACCGGACGCAUCGGAUUGUGCAUUGUGUUGGCUGGCAUGCUGGGCUCCGUCGUGUGUGGAAUAGUUUUAGAUAAAACCCAUCGAUUUAAGGAAACAACUUUAGCUGUUUACGCUUUUUCCAUGGUGGGGAUGUGGGUAUUUUCUUUCACAUUGGAUACCGGGCAUAUUGCUGUUGUUUACAUAACAGCAUCGUUAUUGGGUUUCUUCAUGACAGGAUACCUUCCGGUUGGCUUUGAAUUCGGAGCCGAGCUAACUUAUCCCGAACCAGAGGGAACAUCCGCUGGCUUAUUGAAUGCAGCUGCACAAGUUUUUGGCAUUGCCUUUACAAUGCUCUAUUCAGAAUUAUUAAGUACAUAUGGUGAUGUACCGGCAAAUGUUACAAUGGCGGUAAUGAUGUGUGUUGGAACCGUUGUUACAGCUCUCAUUGGAUCGGAUUUGAAGAGACAAGCUGCCCAAGGUCCUGGUGCAAUGGCAAAUCCUUAGGAAAGAGAAGAUUUUGUUUAAAAGACAACAAAGCUUUUGGGGCUCAGCUUCUUUGCUAUUUUUUAAACAAAAUCGUUUGCCGAAAAUAAUGUUUUUUGCUUAGCGAAAAGAUAAAAGAAUUAUUAUUUUGCAAUCGUUUUAUUUAUACUUGUUUUUAUGUUUUAAAAAUAUUUUAUUUUAAUUAAAAUUGUUUUAAUAUUUAUUUAAUACUUUUAUGUUAUAAGCAAAAUAUUUAAAUUGUAUUGUUAUUUUAGUUAAAUUAUUUUUGUUUUAAUAGAUAUGGUUGUGUUACAUAUUUAAAAGUGUCUUAAUUUACUUUUGAUUUAAUUAUAAAUAGAUUUUUGUUUUAUUUUAGAAUAAUCAACAAAUAAAAUAUUUUAUGUUUUUAUCAAAUGUAUAUUAUUGUCAGCACUGCCAAAUAUACUACACAAAUGAAAAUAUACUAAAACAAAAAACUAAAAUGCCAUAGUUUGUAUGUAAAAUAUAUUUUUUGCAAAGCAAUUUUAUAAUUUAAUGAUAUUUUGUUUAACAUGUGAUAAAAUACGAACAAAAAAGUAUUUGCCCAAAAAAUUCAAAUUUAUAAUUUUAAAAAAGUCUAAAUUAAACUUUUGAAGAGAGAGGAUCAACUGGCAGGGAACUAAAUUUCAAAGGAAAAAGAAGAAAAAAUAAACAGGCCAACUUAACCUCUAGUUUAAGAUUGUAAUGCGCUUUAUACACUAAGAAAUUUGUAAGAAGUUAUUAAGAUAUUUUUUGAAAUUAUGUAUAUAUUUUUAAAAAAUCCAUUUUUAACAUGUCAUAUGAAAAGUAUAUAAAGGAUUUCCACAACUGUCACCAUAUCCUUUUCAUAAAAUGUCCCUUCGAGCUUUGGCAUAUAUCUUAUCGUUUACGAGGGACCAAAAAGAUAAAAGUCUAAAGGUGUUAAGUCACUUAUUCGAGAAAUAACACGGUCAGGAAACUUUUAAAUUUGUAAUUUUUGCAAUAGUUUCGUUGCUGUGUGGAACGUACAGACCAGUACACCUGAUAAUUGUUCUUGAGCAAGGCCAGCAGGAGAAGGUGCUUCACAACGAAUCAAAAGCGAUUAACUUUUGGGAAAUUUUAAAACCACAAGUGAAGUGAAUUUUAACAUUUUCAAUGCAUUGUUAAAGAUUGUGUUACUCUAUUUUUGUAUUAACACAGUUUCUACAUAUCAAACAUCAAAACUUGAUUGCUUCGAAAAUGAAAACUGCCAAAAUAGUGGGCUAAUUAAAAUGAAACCUCUUAUUGAAAAAUCCUUUAAUAGAAAUAUGUUUGAUGUUUACAUUCUUUAUCGAACUAAGAAACGAUUGAUUUUAAAGUUAUAUUUUAGAAAAAUUUAAGAGUUUCAUAAUAAAGCUGUUAGAGGUUUUUAUUGGUAGAAAAUUUCCUAACUUGAAACGUUUUCCACUAAAAAUAGCAAAACUCCACUUCUUUGAACUUUUAACUAUCUAAAUCAUAAAAUUGUCAAACAUGAUUUAAAAAGAGCAAAUCAGCCCUUUUUCUGUAACUACGCUUAGUUCAAAAAGUCUCUAUAAUUUUAGUGGUUUAAAAAAAAGUAGUAAGAAAUAAUGUUAAAACCAAACGUUGAAAAAAAAUAGUUUCCACCUUUACCUUUUUAACAAAUUAAAAAAAUGUUGAUUGUGAUUUUCAAAACACUUUUUUUUAAUGUAUUUUUAUCUCAGAAUCAACAAAAAGAAAGCUACUGAAUGGAGACUUUUUGGACUAUGUAUAUAUCUUCGAUAAGAUUCGGUGAGAAAGGCUGGAUUUCAAGCGAAACACUGUUCAUCGCAAAAUUGAAAUCAAUAUCAAAUG